GCAGAAAUUGCCCAGGGAGGCAGCCAAUUAGAUUUUGAUACGCAACCCAUGGUUGUCUUUCGGUGUAGCAAACGUUCUUCCCGCAUACGCUCUUUCACACUCUGAAAAGUGUUGUUUUUGCCUUACGUUUAAUGUUGAAACUCGAUAGUGUUGGUGUAUUAAACGCAUAUUAAUACUCAUAAGGUGUUCUCCAUUUCUCUGGCGGAUUGUGGCGGGCAGCUGAGAGGACGAACAUGUCGGGAAAGAGUUUUCGCGUUAGCGACGGGGACUGGAUCUGUCCCGAUAAAAAGUGUGGAAAUGUCAACUUUGCUAGAAGAACGAGCUGUAACAGAUGUGGCAGGGAAAAGACAACUGAAGCAAAGAUGAUGAAAGCAGGGGGUACAGAGAUUGGAAAGACCCUCGCUGAGAAGAGCAGAGGUCUCUUCAGUGCAAACGACUGGCAGUGCAAAACGUGUGGCAAUGUAAACUGGGCCAGAAGAUCAGAGUGCAACAUGUGUAACACUCCUAAAUAUGCCAAACUGGAGGAAAGGACAGGAUACGGUGGAGGAUUCAACGAGAGAGAGAAUUUAGUCUACAAUGAGCGAGAGGAAUCCGAUGGCGAGUACGAUGAGUUUGGGCGCAUAAAAAAGAAGUAUCGUGGGAAAAGUAAGAAGGACGUUGAAAAGAAAGAGGAACCAAAAAAAGAAGAGAAAAAUGACGAAGGUGAAGAUGACGAGGAUGACGACGAUGAAGAUGGAGAUCUUUCAAAAUACAAACUUGAUGAUGAUGAUGAUGAUGAUGAAGAAGAAGAAGACGAAGAUGAUGCAGAUUUGUCCAAGUACGAUUUGGAUGCUAGCGAUGAGAAGAAAGGGAGUCCCUCUGGCUCCUCACGCUCAUCUUCUCGCUCUUCCAGUUCAAGUUCCCGGUCUAGGUCCAGAUCCCGGUCCAGGAGCUCAUCCAGUUCCCGAUCUCGAUCUCGCUCUCGCUCUCGCUCUCGCUCCAGGUCCAAAUCCAGAUCCAGUUCCAGAUCAGGAAAAGGCUCGGCUUCCUCAAAGAAGAGGUCUCGUUCCCCUUCAUCAUCGCCUGAGGGAGGCCAGAAGAGGAGUCGUUCCAGGUCCUCCUCUGCGGGCCGCAAAAAAAGACGCGCACGAUCGCACUCGUCUGAAAGGCGCAGAGGCUCAUCCGGAUCAUCCCACUCUGGCUCAAGCUCAAAACAGAAAUGAUUAACACAAGAAACAAAUCUUUCUAAAACUGCAUGUUGUUUUUUCCAACUCCAGUUUUUUUGUGCUAUUGCAACAACCCAACUGUUUGAAUUCACAUUAAUUUCCAUGAAAAAAAAAAACCUUGCACACAUGUUCACUUAACAACUUCUCAAAAGUUUUAUUUUCUUCUUUUUUUUUUUUUUUUUUACAUCUAGCCAAAUCUUUCAACAGUAUAACUCAAGGUGUCUAUAGUGUAAGUGGGUUUACAGAGAAACAACUUUAAGUCUGUGACUGUAUAAAUGGCACAUAUCUCCUAGACUUCAAUUUAUGUGAAUUAUAUUGCAGAAAUAUUUUUAUCCAUCCAUUGUCAGACAUUACUGUAGUCCAAAAAAGUUUAUUAACAGAACAUUUGUUGAUUUAAAAAAAAAAAAAAAAAAAUACUCCUUGGAUGCUGGUUUUACAGUUCUUUUGUGAUGUGAAACACAAGAAAUGUUGAUGGCUUAAACAUUAUUUAACCAUUAUUUAACCACAUCAGCAAUGCCAGCAUCUGAAAGUUAUAGAGAUUUUCCUCUGAGGCAUAACAUUGCCUUAACUAAUUGUGCGUUAAAGGUAAGUAUGGGUUUUUUAUACUUUGUAGAGUUUUGUUUUCUUCUGGUAAGACAGAUGAAAUGUGAAAAACUUUUUCUUUUCUUUUUUUUUUGUCCUUUUUGUUAAUUUUAUGAUUCAUCACUUGUGGAAUUAAGAAACGUUUUAAGUGGACAAACUCAAAUUACCGAUAACGUAAAUUCCUGAUUUUCUUUUUUUUUUUCUGUGGUAAAAUUUGGAACAUGUAAUCUGAAAUAUUCAGCCCCUUCUGACGUAUGAAAUAUGAAAAUGUUUACUGUUCAUUAACAUGACUUGACAGUGUAAUCAACAUGAAUAAACACUUGUUAAUCUGAA